GCUUUAAGUUUAGAGUUUAGAGGCGAGAGUGAGAGAGGUGUUGUGAACGCCCCCGACGGCAGCGGGAGGCUGCAACCAGCGUAAACAACCCGCUCACCAGCCUCAAGCUGCUGACAUCAACAAUGGCAACCGACAGUGAGAGAAUAGACACGGCCAGGGUUCAAGCACACGUGGAGGACCUGGUGAUGAAGAUACAGGAGGAGGUUGAGGGACUACAAGUGGAUGUAGGAGAGAGCGGCGAGAGCCUGGCAAGGAAGGCGGGCGGGCCCCUGCAGGAGGACGUGGGCAUCAUGCUGGCCACCAAGAUGCACCUCCAGAGUGAGAUUGAAGCUAUGAUGCAGUCAGGUGUUGUGCAGUUACCAGAGGACACUCACCUGUUGUUGAGGAUGGCAAAGGAAGAAGCAGAAAUUAUGGCAAUUACCAAUGCACGGACUUUGGCUGCUUACAAACAAAAGGGAUCAGUUCACCCAGGGCAAUCCCGAACUCCAGAUGUGUUGCAGUGGGAACAAGUGGCCGAGUCGGUGCAGACUGUGAUGAAAUUACAAGAAAGAAAAAGGAUGUAUGAGGAAAUGCUGAAGAAAGCAACUCUUGUUAAUGACAAGCUGGAUCAAUUACUUGUCAGACAGUCAGAAAAGGACCAAUUAGAAUUAGUUAAAAGAAGGUUUGAUCGAUCAGCAGUCGUUUUUAGAGCACUGCGCCAGGAACUUCACACUAUACUCUCAGAAUUUUAUCCUGAGGAUGGAGACAUGAUGUCGAUGGAAACCCUACUAGAGCGGUUAAUCUCAAAGAUGUUAGAGGAUCAAAAUGAGCCUUACAUUGACAUUGAUGAUACCAUGAAAAUGAACCAUGUAGAGUUUCUCGUUCGUGCUAACCUAAUUACAAGACACCAUAAAAAUAUCUCUCAAAUCAGAUUCAUUGACCCAAGAAUGUAAUUAGAAAUUCAAAGUUCGGUGGCAGAGAACCCUCACUUUCCAAAUACCUUUUAGCCCUCUGUAUCUUACUUUAAGUUUAUACCAUCAUAAAAUUUAUACUUUUGUUCCUUUCAUGUAUUUCCUUUGCUUGUUUAAGUUUCAGCUACAAACUAUAAAGAUGCUACUAGCACUAUCAUCAUUAUCCACUCUUACAUCAGUGUUGGCAUCAGUGUGGUGCUUGGAUAAUGGAGAAGAAAUGAUUUGUAAACAUUGAACUUUGGUUCAUUAUACUUUAUGUUGUCUCAUAUCCCUUUGUUUACAUUAUGUCUUGCCAAAUAUCUUAACUUGAUUCCCACUGAAGCUUGUAAUAACCAAGUAUUUUAUAAAUAAUAUACUGUAUUUAUAUA